CUGCGUUCGCUGCCACAAAGGUGAGGCAGAAGAAUCGCUAAAGUUGUGCAGGUUGCAAUUUUUUCAUUCAAUUUGGUUCUCCUAAAAAUAAUUUCCCAUAUUUCUCCGUGCAUCAAGGUGAACGAAUCACCCAAAUAUGCCUCUUCCGGUUGGGAAUUAUUCAUAGAGGCAGCAUCAGUAAAGAGAGAGUAGCUCGUUGAAUUAUUCAAGUGCACAGGGUGGGCAGAAGUGCAAUUAGUAUCUCUCGGUGUUUUUUUUUAAACUUUGUUCGGUGGAAAUUGUGAAGUGUGAAAAUCAAUUUUCACAGAAUAUAGAUACUUUUGUGGGUGAUUGAAUUUUCCCGCGCGGGAGUGGAACACCCAGCCUGAGUGGCAGGUGAAGAAAGGAGACAGGAUGUAUUUGUGUGAUGGCAAAGACAAUGGAGGAAUGCGGAAAAUGUGGAAAAUAAUUUUCGUGACUUUGCAAGCAAUUUCGGUGGCACAGUGUGCAGCAUUUUCUGCCUUUUGUCCACCCGACAGUGACAUCAUGCCCAUUUCCGGGGACAAUGCCGACACUCCGGCAACCUACUGUGAUUGCCACAUGGCACACUCGGCCCCCUGGGGUCUCCCCACAGUGACCAUCGAUUGCCAGGGAAGAGAAUUGCGCACCGACGAUCUACCGCAGGACCUCAUCCUCCCAUUUGCAGCCAAAGAACUCACGCUGGCAUGGAAUAAUCUCACAGUGGCACCCACACUGCCCGCCAGUGACCACCUUCGCGUCCUCAAGCUCACCCACAAUGCCAUCACUGCACUCGAGGGGUCACCCUUCCUCCAUCUACCCAACCUCCAACACCUCGACCUCAGUUCCAACAACAUCAUCACCCUCAGUGAUGACAUCUUCGACGGGUUGCCGCACCUGGAACAUCUCGACCUGUCCCAAAAUCAACUCAAAAUCCUCCCCAGCAAUGCCUUUGCUGGCCUCCUCGUGCUCAAAACGCUCAUCCUGUCUGAAAAUCCUCUUGCUGGUUUUUUCUCACAGGAAAACCUCUUCAGCUACACAGGGAUAACGAAAGAUCUCAAAACACUGGAGGUGGCCAUGUGUAAUUUGACUAAAAUUCACCUGGAUGAGGAUUGGACAGUAUCGAAGUUGGAUUUGCAUUCAAAUCUCUUCCAGGGUGUACCGGACAUUCCUCUAUCUGUUCGUUUUCUCGAUUUUGGUGGAAAUUUCCUCAAACAUAUUGAUCCAGAGACUUUUCCACCUCUGCCGGACCUCGAAGAGCUCCACCUGGACAAUAUGGUACCACUAAAGACCAUCCAAGCCGAUGCUUUUCUCUCAGUUUCGACUAAACUACGAAAGCUCAGCCUCGAGGGCUGUCGGAACCUUACAACGCUGGAUAAUUUGGCUUUUGGGAAUGGGACAAAAGAGGAGAAUCCCCUGAGUUUGGUUGAAGUCAAUCUUCGUGGGUGUCGCUUGAAGAAGAUCAAACGAGAUCUUCUGGCACGAGCUGUGAACCUCACAACUCUCUCUUUGGCGGGAAAUCCCCUCAAUUGCGAUUGCGAUGUUUCGUGGAUUAAGGAGAUGGCAAAAGAAACCGGGGCACAGUGUAGUCUUCCCCUGAUCUUACGUGGAACGAAGAUUUCGGAACUGGACAUGGAUCAAUUUCACUGUGACACAGCGAAAUCCUGGCUUUUCCGCAUUAUAAAUGGAAUUAUUGUCUUUGCCCUCCUGUGUGGCUGUGGUGUAGCCAUCUACUACCUCGUUAUGCGAUGUCGUCCAUCGAGACGACAUGUGGUGCAAAAACUCGCACUUACAAGCCCCUAUGCACCCGUUACCAUUCAACCCAAUCGGGCUGAACAUUUGUAAUGUUUUUUACAAACAUUUUUUUUUGUAAUUUUUGUACAUUCUAAAGAGAUUCAAUAAAUACUAGACUGCUUUGCA